CGCAAGGGGGGCGUCAACCGAGAGUCUCCCCACCUUCGCAACUGCGAGCAACCCCACCACCCCACCGCCGCUGCUCGGGGUGGGGCGGGGGCGGUGCAGCGCGCAGAGGGGAGCAUGGAGAACCAGUCCCAGCACCCGGAGCGCGCCAACGCAUCGGCUCUGGGCGCCAUGCCCCGGCCUCCCGUGGCGAUCCAGGCGGCUACGUUGAUCCUGGUGCCCCUCGUGUGCGCCGUGGGUGUGGUGGGCAACGCCAUGGUGGUCCUGGUGGUGAUCCGGAGCCGCCACAUGGUCACAUCCACCAACUGUUACCUGGUGAGUCUGGCCGCCGCGGAUCUGCUGGUGCUGCUGGCGGCCGGGGUGCCCACCGCGGCCGAGGCGGCGUCUGCCCGGGUCUGGGUGUUCGGCCACGCCGGGUGCCUGGGCAUCACCUACCUGCAGUACCUGGGCAUCAACGCGUCCGCGGGCUCCAUCACCGCGUUCACCGUGGAGCGCUACCUGGCCAUCUGCCGCCCGCUGCGCGCGCAGGCGUUGUGUACUGCGGCGCGCGCCAAGCGCAUCUCGGCGCUGCUGUGGACGGGCACCGGCGCCUACUGCGUGCUCUGGCUCUUCCUGGUGGACACUCGCGAGACGGUCUACGCCGACGGCGUGCAGGUGCAGUGCGGCUACCGCGUGUCGCGCUCGCUCUACCUGCCCGUCUACUUUCUGGACUUCGCGCUCUUCUACGCGCUGCCCCUGGGCCUUGCCACUGUCUUGUACGCGCUCAUCGGGCGCGUCCUCUGCGUGGAGCCGCUGCCCCCCGACGGCCCCGGACGCUGCGGCUCAGUGCACCGGGGCGGCUCCGCCCGCCAAGCGAGCUUCUACUCCAGGGGUGCAAGAGGCACCCUCAACUCACGGAGGCAGAUCACCAAGAUGCUGGCGGUGGUGGUGGUCCUCUUCGCUCUGCUGUGGCUGCCCUACCGCGCGCUGGUGGUGGUGAACUCCCUCCUGCGCCGGCCCUACCUCCACGGCGGCUUCCUUCUCUUCUGCCGGCUCUGCAUCUACCUCAACAGCGCCCUCAACCCCGUCGUCUAUGCCCUCAUGUCCCAGCGCUUCCGGGAAGCCUUCCAGGGGCUGCUUCCCUGCCGGCGGGCUCAGCCCGAGCUCCCGGCCCAAGAGGGCACCCCAGUUUCCCACAGUGUCAUCACAGACAGUUCCCGGCCCGGGGUGGGCUCUGGGCAGGAAGCCGGGAGCCUGGUGUCCAGGCAGGGGGUGUGUGUGUUGGGGGGGGCUCCCUAGCAUCGUAGGGUGAGGCCUCCUGCCUUAUCCCUCCUGCACCGUCUGUAUAUCCAGGCCUGCAGGAGGAAGGGCCAGGCCUGCCCCGGGUGGGUGCACAGUCUGUGCACUGCGCAACCCAGUCCCACCUCUCUGUUCCCUCACAGCCUAGAGGUGUGUUUAGUCCACCGUGAUGGCAGCCCCUCAGUUUCCCAGCCAGACAAAGCUGAGGGGCACCUUUCUCAUACCCCCCAGCAGCACCGAGGCAGCCCGGGAAGGGAAUGUGUUUGAAGAUUGAUUAUUGAUUAGGGUGGGUGGGGGAAGUCUCCAGGCAUCUCCUGGGAAUCUCUGAGCUCCCCUCUGCAGGAAUUUAGGGGACCCUUGGCCAGGACAAACACCUAACUCUACCCUCCCACACCCCCCCAACAGGGACAUGAGCUGCCUCAGCUGACAGCCCAGUGCUCAGCGCCAAUAAUCACCCUGACCCACUCCAGAGCUGACUGUGGAGGUACAGGGGUAGUAGAAAUGGUUGGGGGGGUGUCACUCUCCCUGCCUGGAGCACAGAGGGGAGAGCCAGAAAUGUAAACUGUUCAAAGCAUGUCCCUUAUUAUUUUUUUUAUAAUAUAGGAGCACUGCUAUUUAUUCAGCCAUUGAUUAAGUUGAUUGAAUUGGGCAUGAACUCCUCAUUACUUUAAAAUUUUUUUUUAAUUUUAUAAAUUAGUUCACCAUGUGUGAUUACAUUCAAUAUUCAAACACGAAUCCCGCCACCGUUACGCCUUCCCACCACCAAAUUCGGGAUGUUUCCAUCCCAAACCCCAACUCCUGUCCCAAAACUCCACGAAAUAAUAUAGUUCAUAUUGUCUGUUAUAAAGAUCUGCUGAACAUGCUUACAAAAAAAGUGUUCAUAUAGGAAACAGUGUGAAGAUUGUUCUAUUUUGGCAGGAGCCAUUGAGGCAUCCUAUAGGAUAUCACUCACAUGUUGUUAAAGUUUGGGUGAGGUGAGCUUUGGUACAUAUAUCUGAAAAUAUGUAUAGAUGCAUAUAUAAUUCCCUCUAUGAUUUGUUGCCUACUAUCAGGACCCCAUCAAAAGUGGCGUGGUAAUUAUGGAGAAUGGGCAGGGAGUGUCUUAUGAUGUGUCCAGGAAUAUGUUUACUCAUAUGUGAGGCUCGGCCUGAGUGCGUGGUGAGUGACCCUGAGUGUGGCGUGGGUUGUGGAGGUUUUUGACUGCCGGAGCUGGGUCCCUUGGGGCGGGGAGGGCUCUCACCCGCCUCCCUCUGGGGCGCCCCGUGUGAAACAUCCUGGUACGGAGUCUGGUGGCAUGGUUAUGGGGGCCUCA